CCUCGCGCCACCAUGGUCUACACAACCCCUUCCUCUCUCUCUUCUCCUCCCCUAACCUCUCUCCCAAUCCAAUGUCUCCACCUCCGCCGCCCCGCCACCUCCUCCUGAGCCUCCUCGCUCUCCUCGCCCUCCUCCCACCGCUCCUCCUCGCGUCCUCCUCCUUCCCGUUCCCCACCAUCGCCAUCGCCGCCGUCGGCGCCAACGCCACCGCCUGCCCGCACCACGUCGCGUGCGCGCUCGUCCCCACAGGCACCGGGACGGCGGACUACCAGAUCUCCUGCGCCAGCAUCACCAAUAGCUCUGCCCAGCACCACAACUACUCCUACGGCGGCGAGAGCACGCCGUUCUCCGCCGUCGUCGCCGGCGAUGGGUACCUCUGCUCCGCCGGCCCGAGUGUGUCGUCGCAGCCGAUGUCCAUGCGGUGGUGGGACCUGAGAGACAGCGAGGCGACGUCGAAGCGGGUGUACUGGGGCAAAGCGCUGUCGGCGGUGUCCGGCGGCGGGGAGUACGUGUGCGGGAUCGUCGAGGAGAGGAUUCAAUGCUGGAGGUGGUCGUCGGGAACGGUGCCGGAGCGCGUGCGGUUCUCGGCCGUGGCGGUGGGCGGCGGGUUCGUGUGCGGGCUCGUGAAGGGCUCCGGCGAGGUGAGGUGUUUCGGCGGCGGGGAUGCGGCGAGGUGGGAGCCGAAGGGGAGACACGCCAUGCUCGCGGCGGGGGAGCGUCACGCGUGCGCGGUGAGGGCGGAGAGCGGCGAGGUGGUGUGCUGGGGCGAGGCGGCGGCGGUGGCGGCCGCGUCGCCGUCGCCGAGGAUAGCGGGGCGCGCGGUGUCGUCUCUAGCGGUUGGCGACGCCGUAACGUGCGUUCUGUGGGGGAACUGGACGGUCGCGUGCUGGCCACCGGAGGAGGCGGCGCCGCCGCGGUCGGUGGCGCAGAAGCAAUUCGUCGCGCUAGAGGCCAAGGGGAAGGUGGUGUGCGGGGUGCUCAUGUCCGACUACUCGCUCGUGUGCUGGGGCCCCGGCGUCCAGGCCGGAGCCGGAGCCCCGGGCGGGGUGAGCAAGGUGUUCGACCGCGUUCUGCCUGGACCGUGCGCGCCGUGGGCGUCGUGCCUCUGCGGCGUCUGGUCGGGCUCCGGGCCCCUAUGCGGCGGCGCAGGCGUCGCCGCCGUCUGCUACCCCUGCGGCUACUCUCCUCCGCCCAUGAGGGCGCUGGCGCCUACCCCCAGCUCGUCGACGUCGAGCUCUCACUCGAGCGGGAAGCGGCGGCCGAGCGACCUGGCGAUCGCGUUAGUCAGUGCCGGGAUCGGCUCGGGAGUUCUGGCCGCCAUCGCCGCGGUGGUGGUGUACUGCCUUCGCAGGAGACGGGGCGGCGGCUCUCAGGACUCCGGGCGCAUCCACGCGGAGCCGAACGGCCCGGCGGCGCCGCGCGUGGAGCGGCGGCUCAGCGCGCUGCUCUCCAAGGGCCCCAAUACGACGGUGGAGCAGUUUCCCCUGGUGGCGCUCCGGGCCGCCACGAGCGGGUUCUCGCCGUCCCACCGCAUCGGCUCCGGCGGCUUCGGCACCGUGUACCGCGCGUCCCUCGCUGACGGCCGCGAGGUCGCCAUCAAGCGCGUGGAGCGGCGCGACCCCGGCGCCGCGUCGUCCUCCUCCGCCACGGCGGCGGCGGCGCGGCGCGCCAGCAGCCACGAGGCGGCCUUCGUCUCCGAGCUGGCUCUGCUCUCCCGCGUGAACCACAAGAACCUCGUCCGCCUCCUCGGCUUCUGCGCUGACGGCGGCGAGCGCAUCCUCGUGUACGAGUACAUGCCCAACGGCACCCUCCACGACCACCUCCACCGGCGUCCCCCGGCGGCGCCGCUCUCCCCGCCGCUGACGUCGUGGCCGGCGCGCCUCCGCCUCGCGCUCGGCGCCGCCCGCGGCAUCGAGUACAUGCACACCUACGCCGUGCCGCCCAUCAUCCACCGCGACAUCAAGUCCCCCAACAUCCUCCUCGACGCCGACUGGACCGCCAAGGUCUCCGACUUCGGCCUCUCGCUGCUCAACGACCUGAGCGCCGGAUGCGGCAAUGCCGGCGGCGACGUCGACGACGAGCCGUGCUUGACGGCGGGGACGGUGGGGUACAUGGACCCGGAGUACUACCGGCUGCAGCACCUGACGGACAAGAGCGACGUGUACAGCUUCGGCGUCGUGCUCCUGGAGCUGCUCUCCGGCUGCAAGGUGAUCCAGCGGUUCGAGGGCAGCGGCACGCCCAAGAACGUCGUCGACGUCACCGUGCCGCACAUCGAGGCGGACCGCGUGCACCGGGUGCUCGACGCGCGCCUGCCGCUGCCGACGCCAGGGGAGAUGGAGGCCGUCGCCUACGUCGGCUACCUGGCGGCGGACUGCGUGCGGCCAGCGGGGCGCGACCGCCCCACCAUGAGCGAGGUCGUCGGCGUGCUCGAGCGGGCCGUGGCGGCGUGCGAGGAGAACGACGAAGGCGGCGGCGGCGAGGCAGUGUUGUCGCGGUCGUGCACCGAUGGGUCCACCACGGCGUGACGUGGCAUGUGGGCAAAGGCAUUGCUUGGUGUGGCAACGUCACGAGGGAGUUUGUUGAGGGUUUUUUUUUCUUCUUUUUCAUUUUCCCCUAAUUUUGUAGUUUUUUUCUUUUGCGAUUAAUUGCUAGUAUAGGUACAUUCAUUAACAUUUUACAAGAACCAAAAAUAUAGUGGAAAAAAUAUAUACUUUUUUCAUUGUUUAACUGUAAAUGUUUAGAUUCUCUUGACGAGGUACUCCUAUAUUUUUAGCUUGGGUUGUUUUUUUAGA